CUAGUAAGGAGAUUAAGUUUAUUAAUGGAAGCAAAUUCAAAGCCCAAAGUGACGAUACCUCUGGUCGCAGCGAUUCCCAUACCAUACACGACAAUUCCCAUAAAUCUUUUUCAAGGUAGAGUCGAUAAAAGUGCGAGAACAAGUAUCAAAUCAAAUCGAACACAACCCUAUUCAGCGGUUGGUAAUCAUCAACGUCAAUCGCUUGAUAAAAAGUCGUGCACAAAUUGCACUCAUCAGAGACAAAAAGAAACAAAUAAUCAGACAUCGAACAACGGACAAUCAACGACGAGCUUGCAGAUGUCAAAUAUGUAUAGUGGUAGUCCAAUGUUGAUUCUCCCAUUCGUAUCAGCAAAACCUAAUCAAAGUCAACAAAAAUCGCUGCCAAAUUUAUACAUCCAGCAAUCACUCGCUGUUCUUCAUGCCAAGAAACCGGAAGACAGCACAAGCAUGCAGACAAUUAACGUUUCACAAGCUCAACAACAGUCGGAACAAGUCACCUGGAAUAACUGUAAUCGCUGUUCAACAGAUCAACAACAAAGCUGCGGGAACGAAGCUACAAGUAAGUCAGAAAUAACCAAAUAAAAAAAGGGCUUAAUGAAUAUUAAUUU